CCCGCGCUGCGCGUUCAGCACCACUUCGCUGUCCACACCUCGAGGACAACACUUCUCUGACGCACGACAGCAUCUUUCCACGCGCUUAACUGCAAAACUACAAGUCUGCAACAAUGCCCCGCUCUUUCCUCGUGGAUUCUUUGAUUCUAAGGGAAACUAAUGACAAGGGGAGCGAGAACAACCCUCCACUCUUUCCCUACGCUGUACAUUCUCCGCACCACCCACACGCACUGCCAGGAGCGUGCCACUCGCGGAAAGCCGGGCUGUUAUGCUUCUGUCCGCUGUGCGUCACAGCCACCCAGCUGCACCCAUCACCGCCCGCACUGCCGCUGCUGAAAGCGUCCUUUUCUCCGUUCGGCUCCCAGUAUUGCCCCUCUGCACUGUCCCGCCACUCCACGAGUAACAGCGUCAAUCUGAGCCACGCGCCCGGCCUCUACCAGGCGACCUACUCGGUACCAGACCCUCGCCAGUUCCACUGCAUCUCAAUCGAAAGCAGUAACGGAAAACUUCAGAGCAGCAAGCGCAUGCGCACAGCCUUCACCAGUACACAACUUCUGGAGCUGGAGCGCGAGUUUACUUCCAACAUGUACCUAUCCAGACUGAGACGCAUCGAGAUCGCCACGUACCUGAAUCUGUCUGAAAAACAGGUGAAGAUUUGGUUCCAGAACCGUAGAGUUAAGCACAAAAAAGAGGGCAAGAGCAGUGGCCCACGGACUGGUUCUCAUAACUGCAAGUGCUCCGCGGCAAGAUGCUCAGAGGAGGAAGAGGACGACAUGCCCAUCUCUCCAUCCUCUUCAGAGAAAGACGACGUGGACUUGUCUGUGUCCCCUUGAGCGUCUCUUUAAACCCCAGCACUUGUUUUUAAAGUACCAAAAAAGACUGCUCAUCUGUGGCCAGUCGCCUGUAUAUAAACAGAGAUUUUUCUAAUCAGGCCUUGUCCUGAAUAUUGUAUAGCUGUAUACAUGUUGUACGUUUUGUAUGUAGUUUUUUUCUGAAAACAGUCAAAUUGUUGUUGCCAAUCCAAGUGUAAGGCAGAUUUGUAUAAAAAA